CACACAAACACACCAUGCAUCCCAGCAGCAGCAAAGGCUUUUCCGGUUGCUACCGCGGCGUCAGGCGUAGGGCAAACGGCAAAUGGGUGUCCGAAAUCCGUGAGCCCAAGAAACCUAACAGAAUUUGGUUAGGCACCUUCCCUACGCCUGAAAUGGCCGCGGUAGCCUAUGAUGUCGCAGCAUUAGCUCUCAAGGGUAAGAAUGCUGAGCUCAACUUCCCUGACUCCGCUUCUUCUCUUCCUGUUCCUGCUUCGCUCUCUGCGCAUGACAUUCAGGUGGCGGCGGCGGCGGCGGCGGCGGCUGCUGGAGCAGCUAAGGAUGCCAUGCGAACGCAGGCAGAGGAUAAUAAUGUUUCAGCGGCGCAAGAGAAGCAAACAGCAGUGAUGAGUAGUAACCAGUUUGUGGAUGAGGAUUUGAUCUUUGACAUGCCUAAUGUUCUCAUCAAUAUGGCUGAGGGAAUGCUGCUUAGUCCUCCUCCUUUUGAUAUCGGUGGUGAACCUAAUACCCCAGAAAACAUGGAACAAGAGACAAGCCUGUGGAAUUUCCCCUAAGAAGGAUUAUAAUUAAUUAAUUAUAAAACCCUUUUUAGU